UUAACUAGCGGGCAGUCGAGUAUCAAAAACGGCGAAUGGACUCUGAAUACAGAAACACAAAGGAGUCUCGUAAACGGCCAAGGCCCGUGUCUGGAAAAGUCAAAAGAACCGACGAUGCGAACGACCGCCGAAAGCGCGUGUCAGACACAAAGCAGCUUCGAGGCAAGCUGCCGAAACCAGCGACUGGGAGUAGGGAAUCGUCCAGCCCGAUGUCCAUGCGCUUGUCAGACAAGGGACGCGACGGCUCUCUCAUCAUUGACCACAGCUACACACCCAUCGACCGCAACAUUCUUGGCGCAGACGUCCAGGUCUUAUUCCAAAGCGUGCUCAGCCAGUUGGCAGAGCAACGAAACGUGGUCAGCACCGCAGCCGCUUCGGUCACAUCCCAAACACCACUUUCUGUGCCAACCUCUGCCGCUGGCGCCAUGCUCUCGCCUGCAGAGACAGCAGAGCCGACUGCGAAGACAGAAAUAAAGACGGAGUCAAAUAUUGAACCCACAGCAAAAUCUGUCUUAUCGGUGGCGCCGGCGCUCAGCAGCGGCGGCGGUUGCAACAGCCUACCAAUUCACCGCUCUAGCUCAAAGGAUCACUUGCGAACGCCAUCACCGCCACCGCCGGCGCCAUCAUCGCUGGCUGCUGGUGUCAAGGUCAAUGGCGUAGCUCUUCCACCCAUGAUACCCAUGACGGACGUCGAGCUGGCCAGCCCUCUGCCGGUUUACAGGCUAGUCGUGGGCAAGGAUCGCGGACAGGUUGGUCUUUUUGCGCGCGACUCCAUUCGCCGACACCAGUACAUUUGUGAGUACAAAGGCCAGGUGCUACUCAAGGCGGCGUACAAGGAGGACCCGAAGAACUACUACGAGCUGCUUCGUAUAACGCGGCCGCACUCGCAUUUUCAUCCCGAGAUCGAUCUCUGUAUCGACGCGCGCCGACAGGGAUCAGAUGCGCGAUUCGUACGGCGGAGCUGCGACGCCAAUGUAGCCCUGAAGAGCAUAUUUAUCCCAGAAAGCUCUGACUCGCUUAUUCACCUGGGGCUCUUUGCAUCGCGUGAUGUGGGCGCAGACGAGGAACUGACCAUCGAUUGGGAAUGGGAGGACGGGGAACUGCCCGCUGUGAGCCGCAUGUCUCCAGCUGAGGCCGAAGAUUAUUUGGGCCGGCCCGAAGGCCGACGCAUGAGCAAGGUCUGGCGCCAGGCCUUUGGCGGUAUGACCUGCGCGUGUGCGGACACUGACUGCGGCGUGCGCAAGCUUUUUGCGACACUGGGUGUCGAGGAAUCAGUAGUUCGUCCGGACUUUGGUAGCGGAGGCGUGCUUAAACGGCGUGUGAGCAGGCCCUUCAGGGUCGACACGGGCAACGGUGAUGUUGGUGACCAGGAUCCUUCUUCGCCACAGGUGCAGUCUCCCGACGGGUUCCGGUCCGUGCGGAGUCCGCACUCACGCAAGGGAGCAUCGCGAGUAUGGCAGAUGGGACGCCUGGAAGCCCAGUUGCAUUGGUAGAAGGUGGUUCGAAUGCCGGGACAGACUCAUUCUCUGCAUCGAGGGACAGCCUGUCUAUUUUUUCUGUCCGUCGCACUGGCCAUGGCGGAUCAUCGCGAAAGGGGAGCGCAGACGUGUCCUUGGGCGGCAAAGAUAGCUCAGCAGCUGCGCUUGAUAACGAUGAU